UCACCUAAACAAAUUACCAGGACGAGACGCAGCUCUCCUUCUACUAUUCAAGUGAAGAUCGAAGCACUGCUGAUUCGACAUGUGGUCGUCUUCUCUCUUCCAGCCUUCGUUUAGCACACCGAUGGCAUUGAGAGUUCCCGUCAGUGCGCUGUGGCCUCAGUCGCAGCUCAUUUGUGUUCAAAUGGAGAAUGAAAUGGCGAGGCAGAUGGACAACAUGAGGAGAAGCGCUGACCUGAUGAAUCAGCUCCAGCAUGUCUUACGGAGAGAGACCCUUGAUGCAGAGACAGCUCCCAGAUCGGCUGCACGAAGAGCACCUUCGUGCAAGGUGGAGAAGGACGGACAGCACUUUUCUGCUACUUUGGAGGUUGAAGACUUCACUCCCGAGGAGCUGACAGUUAAACAGGUGGGAAGGAAAAUACUGUUGAGCGGAAAGAAAGAAAAGAAAGAGGAAAGCGAGGAGGGAUCCUACAGCUACAGGUACCAGGAGUUCAGACGAGAGCUCGAGCUACCAGAAGACGUGAACCCCGAGGAGCUGAGCUGCUCGCUAAACAACGGACGGCUGCACAUCGAUGCACCAAGGAUGGCACUGCCCAGUGUGCCCGAGAGAGUGGUGCCCAUUAAAAGUGACGUCUCGGGGCGCCUUAAAAAUGGAGAGGAGGAGAAGAAAGAGUGAGCAAUUCAGAGAAAUUAAUGAAUCUUUGAAUGGACGAGUUUUUCCAGGGGACAUUUCAUGAAAUGAUGCAGAAAGUUGUCUGCCAUUGUGUUUGUUUAAAAUGCUGGAUAUAUAUACAGUGAGCCUUGCAUUUAAAUUCUAUUUUUUUUUUUCUUGAGACAGUUUCCUAUUAAAAGUUUUGCCUCUUGUCUUUGGUAAAUGGUAUGGGCUAUAAGGGG